UCGCUCACUUCGCCGACAAGUGAUCGUUUACAGUUAUAGUCAGUCCGCAUUGGGCGCUCGGCCGGCCCUGACUUGUGUAUCGGCACACGCGUAAGCCUGCGAUAAAGUAUCGCUGCUUCCCGACUCUUUUUUUCGGAUACGCGCGCCUCGCCGAAGCCUCUUCCUCCCUUUCUCUCGCCCUUUCCCACAAGACGAGAGCUCGCAAUCCGAGUGCCGAGUAACGAGUGAGAUUCCGGGUUCUUCUACCUCUCCUUUCCCGCCCCUGUCCCCUCCCCCUCCCGUCGUAUCGACGUUUUUCUAAAUUUCCAUAUCGUCAUCGCCGAUAAUCGUCAUCGACGCGUCGGUGACGACGUUUGCCGCUUCCGAAGUUUGAAAUUGACAGCGGCGAACUGGCAUCACCAGGGACGAUUAUAUUGAUAACCGUCGAAGGCAGAGAGCGGGCUUCGCGGGCCUAAGUAACGAACGAUGAUUUAAGUGGCAAGAUCAAAGUGAGUGUCGUGUGAAAGGAAAAGUGUGCGGGACGCGUUCGGCGGCGAAAAGCGCGCUUAGUGCCUGGACGACGCCAGAGUUUCAGUGAGCGUGCAACUCGCCGUGCACUUACACGGGGCACUGAUGGAGAAUAAUCGACCGGCGAGAGGGAUCGAGCUGUGAUUUUUUAUCAGGAUAAUGCGAAGCCUGGAUAGGCUGUCGGGUAGCGACCAAGACUGCGGUGAUCGGGAAAUGUACAUCGACCUGGACGACGCCUCCGUUGACUCGCUUACCGGGAAACGUACUCGCCACCAUGUCACGGAGGUGGGCGAGGAGAGCGACAGCAGCGGGAGCGAGAGGAGCCCGAAGCAGGCGAAGAGAAGAAAUCGCGGCGGCGCGCCGCCGGCCACGAGGAGACGGAAAAGCGGAAUUUCCGCGCGCGAGAGGAACCUGAGGAGGCUCGAGAGUAAUGAGAGAGAGAGAAUGAGAAUGCACUCCCUCAACGACGCCUUUGAGCAAUUACGCGAGGUAAUACCACACGUAAAAAUGGAGAGGAAGCUCAGCAAGAUAGAAACGCUCACGUUGGCUAAAAAUUAUAUAAUGGCACUGACGAAUGUCAUAUGCGAGAUGCGCGGCGAGGAGCAGCCGUACACAUUUGUCGAUGGCGAAUGCGGUUCCAGCAGCGGUGACAGUACCGGCCAACUAGAAUUGAGCGGGGGCGAACAACCUGACGAAUCGUCCCCUGCGUCGAUUCACGAGACCAACAACAACAGUCUUCUCCACGAAGAUUUAGAACGCAGGAUCUAAGAGAAUUUCGAUCUAAACGACAAGUGUCGAGACACGUACACGCUCACACACAACCACGUACACACGCACACAUACACGCACAGACUCUGUGAUAAACUAUCAUGUUAGUGCCUUUCGUAGAGGGACAGCAAUCCGCGAACGAUUCACCCAUUAUUCGCCAUGGAUCUUCGUAGAUCGUCGUACGUGUUUUCGAAAAAUCCGCGCUGGAAUAACGAAGCGAUCGAUGAUUCCGCAAGGACGCAGUGAAGAAGAAACGCGUGAAUAGACAAUAGAGAGAAGGGAAAACGCGAACAGAAAGAGAAAAAUAAGAUAGAUACAAUGAAGUAGAAUAUAACAGAGUGAAUGAAGAGGGGGACGAGACAAGAAAAAGAGAAAGAUAGGAAGAGAGUGCGCGUUUUUAUAUUAUACGUAAUACACGAGACGUGUCCGAUCCUAGCGCAUAAUCCUUUUCAAAGAGAGAUUUCUCGACGAGUCGAGAUGUCCAUAAAGGAAGUUUCAUAUAGGAAGCUAUUAUUUUUAUACCUUAAUUUUUAACUACCAUCAUGCUAGAGAUAUCUUAACAGCCGAAUCGCUAAGAUAUGUACCGUUAAUUAUAUUUCGUCCAAAAUGG